AUGAGCGCCCCGCGGGUUGCUGCUCCGUCGGCCGAGGAGGUCCCGCUGGUUACGGAGAACGAGGUAGAAAGGGCAGCUUUCUGCCUCAGGGGGAAAAAGACGGCCCCAGGUCCGGACGGCGUCCCCGCAAAGUUGAUGGCCAUCGCCACCUCCCAGAUGGGAGAAAGGUUUCGGGACCUCUUCAGUACAUGUCUCACGUCUGAGAGGUUCCCGAAGCCAUGGAAGGAGGGCCAAUUGUGCCUUCUUCGUAAGGAAGGGCGGCCGGUGGACUCCCCAUCGGCAUACCGACCCAUCGUUUUACUGGAUGAAGUCGGUAAAAUGUUCGAGAGGGUCCUUGCCGCCCGAAUCAACAGGCAUCUUAGUACAAUCGGUCCAGAUAUAGCGGACGCCCAGUUCGGUUUUCGAGCUGAGCGUUCGACAGUUGAUGCACUAUCCCGACUCAAGGAUCUGGUGAAGGAGGCGAUGGAUGCGGGGGAUGGACUGUUGGGUGUGUCAUUCGACAUAGCCAACGCCUUCAACUCUAUUCCCCACUCUACCAUACUGGAGGCCCUCCGCUUCCAUGGGGUGCCUUCGUAUUUGCGGGGACUUUUGGCGGACUACCUGAGGGACCGCACUGUCCUCCUUGUGGACAAGACGGGCCAGCUCCGACGUUACGGCGUCGAGUCCGGGCUGACGGUGGCGCUGCAAAAGACCGAAGCUGUGUUCUUCCACGGGCCUCGGCAGCAUCAACCGCCCGACGCUUAUAUCCAUGUGGAGGGUGUCCGCAUUGGGGUGCAGCCCCAGAUGAAAUAUCUGGGCAUAGUCCUCGACAGCAAGUGGCACUUCAGCGCCCACUUCAGCGGGUUGUCGACGCGCUUAAUGAAGACCGCGGGCGCCCUCUCAUGGCUCCUCCCGAACAUCGGAAGGCCCGGCGACCAAUGCCGUCGUCUAUACGCCGGCAUACUCAAGAGUAUGGCCCUGUAUGGGGCCCCAAUCUGGGCAGUCUCACUGUGCAGACGGAGAAAUGCCGCUGCCAUCCGAAGGCCACAGAGGGUCAUUGCGCAGCGGGUGGCGAGGGCGUACCGUACAGUGAGCUUUGCGGCGGCGUGCGUUCUGGCGGGAACCCCUCCUUGGGAGCUCGAGGCUUGGGUGCUCGCCAGAGUGUACGACUGGAAGGCGGCGCAGAGGGCACUAGACCGGCACCCGGACCCAAUAGAACGGGAAGAAGUUCGGGAGGAAGCGAGGGAGAUAACAACUGGGCACUGGGCCGAGGACCUUGCCUCGGCAACGUUCGGUCGCCGGACGUUGGAUGCCAUCGGGCCUGUCCUGAACGGCUGGCUCGAUCGGCGGCACGGGUGCCUCUCGAUGCGUCUGGUGCAGCAUCGGAUCUCAUGA